UAAGACUAGACACACAUCGACUUGCAGACAAACUUGGACCUGCUAGCUUAGACUCUUCAAAGAUCCACACCCAGAGUAGACUCAACGAUAGCCGAUGGUUGGUCAGACGAUACUGAACUAGUAGAUAAACAUUCAACUUACUUAAAGCAUGGCGCUGGCGAGUUCAAAGCUAAAUAUCAUAGUUGUGUUGGGCCUCUGUGUAUAUUAUGCGCACGCUGUGUGUACCUGUGAGAAAACUCCGCCUAGUGGAAAGUGUGUUUGUCAGAGUGACAACUCAAAUCCUGCACGGUGUAAAGCCUGUAUAUGUGACCACAUAACGACGUAUGUGAAUGGACCUUUGGCCUGCUCCUGUAGACCUGGCUAUGCAGUCAGCAGCACAGAUCGCAAGAAGUGUGUAGAUGUCGAUGAAUGCAAUCGUCCAGCUGGAAAUCCGUGUCAGCAGCUUUGUACAAACUCUGUUGGCAGCUACUCGUGUUCAUGUGGUCCAGGUUACACCGUCAGUAGCACAAACUCCAGCUCGUGCGAUGACGUCGAUGAAUGCAAUGAUCCAACAGGAAGUCCAUGCCAGCAGAUUUGUACCAACACAAACGGAGGCUAUUCCUGCUCAUGUAACCUAGGAUACAUCGUCAGUAGUACGGAUCGCCAAAGCUGUAUAGAAGCAUGCAAAACUGUAAAUAGCAGUGAACCUCGACCUCUUGUGAACAUAAACUCUAGAGUACAGGUCAUGUGUGACACAGUGACAGACGGUGGAGGAUGGACCAUUUUCCAAAGACGUGUUUCCGGGACUGUAGAUUUUUAUCGGAACUGGAUGGAAUACAAAAAUGGGUUUGGUGAUUUUACUUCAGGUAAUUUUUACCUGGGUAAUGAGAAUAUUCAUCUCUUAACGUCUAACCGUCCAACAGAACUGAGAGUUGAUAUGAUCUUUAGUGGGACAAAAUAUUUCGCCAAGUAUUCCAGCUUCAGCAUUUCUAGCGAGACAGACGGCUACAGGCUACAUGUUGGUGGCUACACAGGAGAUGCUGGGGACAGUCUAGGCUACCACAAUGGUGCGAUGUUUUCUACAUUCGACCGGGAUAAUGAUAAUGCAAUCGACUAUAGUUGUCCUGAACAUAAACACGCUGCUUGGUGGUAUUUCACUUGUUACGAAUCUAACCUUAAUGGUUUAUGGGGUGCCACCGGAGAACCAGGUAUUAACUGGCUACCCAUGGAAGGCGUUUCAUUCAGCGAAAUGAAAUUUAGGUACGUUUAACAUUUACCAUUAACAAUAAUUAAAGAAUCAAUUGGCAACCAAAGUAUAAAGCUUCAUUUAGUGAAAUGAAAUUUAGAUAUGUUUAACAUUAACAACUAAUAAAAACGGCUUUUUUGGGGAGGAGUGGGGAAAGCCUGUUUAAUACUUAAAUCAAUAUCUAAUUUUAAAUUCAGUGAAAAGUAAAAAUCGCAAUUUUUAAUAGAAUCAGGACAGUCAUAGACACACAAUAAGCCGCUAAAAUCGACACACAAUAAUUCUUUUCGGAUCAAAGUGAAUUAAUGUUCCUUUUGUCUCUAUUUGAUAGUAAAUUUGUAUAACUUGGGAUUUGGGAGUUACUCUUAAUGGAUAUGCCUAUUUUAUAUAUUUUGUUUAAAAGUAUUUAUUUGAAAAUUAAAAAAAAAAUUCAUGAGGGAUUUGUGUUUGGUAUUUUUCUCCUUCGUAUUUGAUGAAAAACUUGGGCUUAUCUCUGUUGGAAUUGCACCUUUUGCAUAAUUUUACUUAUAUAAACAAUUUUUGUGCUGUGUUUUGUGAAUUUGUUUUCGCAAAUUGGGAAUAAAAUCUUUUAUCCAUCUCUUGUCGCUUUUGAUAUUGUAUCUUAAAUAUAAAAUAAAUGUAUUACGUGUUGGCCAAACUAGGCAUUAUCAACCAACAAAUUAUUGGCAUUAUUUUGUUAACCUGUCUUAUAAAGUUUCGGUCACGAAAAUAAAAUAUGUAUGCGUAAAUUAAUAAAGCGGGAGUGAUCUUCUCUAAGCCUCGUGGAAUAUUCUUAUAAAACACCACGAGGGGUGGCAACUCGGGACAUAGUAAUGAUUUUACAAGCUUUUAAAGAACUUUCUUCCUCUGUCCGUCUUUUGUCAGUCUGCCUAUCUGUCCUCAUAGAUCGGAACGCUCGAGCGAAAUUUCGGGCAUUUAUAAAUGACAUAUUCGGUUCAAAGUUGGCGAGUAAGUCAAGACAUGAAGACAAUGCAAUCUGACACUAAUUUAGACUUAAUACGAUGCCAAAUUAUUUUUUAAUAAUUAAUUAAAAUUGUGUCCGAAUUAGUAGGAAGUGUUAUUCAACUAUUAUACGCGAUUUGUCAUGUUCAUUAGGUGCGCAUUGGUUUUUAGUCCUGUAACUCUAUUGUAAAUUUUUAAAUUUUAGGUACUGAAACAAUUUUCUAAAAAGCGUUUUAAUAACAAGCUUUUCAGUAAUAAUGCACUAAAAGGUAGAAAAUGUAUGACUUGCUUUAAAUA